AUGAGGGAAGCUUCCAAGUUGAAAAGCUUGAGAGACUACGCAAAGAUGUUUAAAAGGCAUUUACAGCAAAGAGGAGCUCGUGAGGGUGUGUUCGCCAUACUCAACGAGCUCUUAAAAGGAAAGGUUUGCCUUUGCAUGCGUACUCACUUUUGGCAGCCUUCUUCUUGCGACCUAUUGAGGCUUGCUUCUACUGGUCAAAACCCUAGGAAUCUCAUAGUGUCGGAGCCAAAGUUUCAAGCUAUUAGAGAGCGAUUCUCUAUGCCUAGCUACGAAAAGCUGAAAGCGAGCUUGGAGCUCUUAUGGAAGGAGAAUGGAGCUUCUACUAGCGAAGGCAGGAUGCUCGUUGCAGCUUACUGGCGCUGGCGUGCUCUUAUUUCGUCUGCCCUUUGUCUGGGAGCUUAUGAGCUCCGUUCAUCUUUUGGCUAG